AUGAAGGGGAGCUUACUCAUUGUUUUUGUCGCACUGUUAACGUCUUCCUUUUGCUUCCUUAUUAAGGAGAAGAGUGGAUUAUUAGGGUUCACGAGAAACAACUCCACCUGGGGGAGAGUAGUUAAGGGUCGGGGUGUUGGGAGGAAGUUCCUAACAGGAUGGAAGGAACAGUACGUGUGUGACAAUGGAGGGGAGCUCCAAGAGGCAGUUGUGCAUACGAAUGACAACUCGAGUGAACUUAGGGAGGGACCCCCAAAAAAGGAAACUCAUCAACCGAAAAGGAAAAAAUUUCUGAAUGCGAAGAAGGAAGACGAUUAUUACCAUCUGUAUUUGCACCACAUAUACAAAAAGGUAAAACUUAUUAAGAAGCAGAAAUACCUGUACAACCCUACGAAAUACGAAUCGGUAAGAUCCUACAUCAAGCGAGAGUUGAAAGAGUGCCUGGAUGUGAACACCGCCGCGUAUCUCUUCAAAGCAACCGAGUACUAUGCGAAAGGUGUGUUGGAUGUCUCUGUGUAUGUCAGCGAAGUGGUGAACCUCCUCAGCUUUUUCACCUUUAACGAUAAGUGCAACUUGGAGAGUGACGAGGGGGGAGUUGGUAGCAGCGGAGUGGGUGUAGGUGGCGGAGUAGUUGGCGGCGGAGCAGGUAGCAGCGUAGUAGAUAGCAGCGGCGUGGGAGUAGUUGGCGGCGGAGCAGGUAGCAGCGGUGUGGGAGUACGUAGCGGCGCAGGCGAUGUGGCAGGUGAGCAGGCGGGGGUGGAUGACGAAGCGGAGCAGAUCCUCAAGGGGAACGCAAAGACCAAACUGAGCAAGCUGAUGCACAAAGACGAAAAGUACAAGUCCUUCUGCCUGUACUUCACCCGGCUAGUCGACUCGGUGAGUGGCCUGUUCUGUUGCAUUGGCAAAAGAAGCAAGCGAGAAGAAAUACUCACCUACCUAAAGAGGUCCAACUUAACGGACAUGUGGCACAACUACACCUCAGACGAUCUCAAAUUGGACACCAAUUUUAUGAUAUAUAUAAUUAGGCUCAUCAGAUACAAGGACGCUAACUACCUGUGCUCCUUGAGACGUUUGAAGGAGUACACAACAGAAGAGGUAAAAAAAAUUUUUCUUAAUUGCAUGCGAGAUGGAUUGCUUGACUUGGACUAUCUGCUCAUUCUGCAGUCGGAUUUCUUGGCCAGAAAAAUGUGCAAGGGGGAAAUGGCCACUCGCAUCUUUGCUCCGUCAAAUGAGGAUGGUGGUGUCUGCGGGGGGGAAACCCAAAUCAAACAUGAGCAUCUACGGAAGAUUGAGCAGAACUAUGAGGCACUCCUGAAGAUGUAUACCUCCAAACAGAAGGAGGAGAAAAAGGGGAAACUCAGCGAGGAUCAGCUGAAAAGCAUCAUUAACGAAAUUUUGGACAGGAAUGUAUUUCUGUGUAAGGGAGACUCGGAUAAGCAAGCCAAAAAAAAAAAAAAAAAAAUGGGAACCAUGUGGGGGAAAAGCUAA